GGGCUCGCCGCGCCUGAGCAACCCCUGUCUGCCGCUGUCGCCGCCGCCGCCGCUGGCCCGCACUCGCCCGGAGCGCAGGGUGUCUGCCCCGCUGCGCGCCGCGCGCGGAGGCUCCGGCGCCCGCCGCUGCGCCCUCCAGCCCCCGCUCCUCGCGCCGGCCCGCGCGGGUCCCGGCGGGCGCGAACCCACCAUGCAGCUGCAGUUCCGGAGCUGGAUGCUGGCUGCGCUCACGCUGCUCGUGGUCUUCCUCAUCUUCGCGGACAUCUCGGAGAUCGAAGAAGAAAUCGGGGAUUCUGGAGGCAGAGGUACAAUCAGAUCAGCUGUGAACAGCUUACAUAGCAGAUCUAAUAGAGCUGAAGUUGUAAUAAAUGGUUCCUCGUCGCCAGCUGUUGUUGACAGAAGUAAUGAAAGCAUUAAGCACAACAUCCAGCCCGCCUCGGCCAAGUGGAGGCACAACCAGACGCUGUCUCUAAGGAUCAGGAAGCAGAUCUUGAAGUUCUUGGAUGCUGAAAAGGACAUUUCUGUCCUCAAGGGGACCCUGAAGCCCGGAGACAUUAUUCAUUACAUCUUCGACCGUGACAGCACAAUGAACGUGUCCCAGAACCUCUACGAUCUGCUCCCCAGAACGUCUCCGCUGAAGAACAAGCACUUCCAGACUUGUGCCAUCGUGGGCAACUCGGGGGUCUUGCUGAACAGCGGCUGCGGGCAGGAGAUUGACACGCAUAGCUUUGUCAUAAGGUGCAACCUGGCCCCCGUGCAGGAAUAUGCCCGGGAUGUGGGGCUCAAGACAGACCUGGUGACCAUGAACCCCUCCGUCAUCCAACGGGCCUUUGAGGACUUGGUCAACGCCACUUGGCGGGAGAAGUUGCUGCAGCGACUGCACAGUCUCAAUGGCAGCAUCCUGUGGAUUCCCGCCUUCAUGGCCAGGGGCGGCAAGGAGCGCGUUGAGUGGGUCAACGAGCUCAUCCUGAAGCACCGCGUCAACGUGCGAACUGCAUACCCCUCUCUGCGCCUGCUGCACGCCGUCCGCGGAUACUGGCUGACCAACAAAGUCCACAUCAAAAGACCCACCACCGGUCUCUUGAUGUACACCCUGGCCACACGUUUCUGCAACCAGAUCUACCUCUAUGGCUUCUGGCCCUUUCCACUAGAUCAGAACCAGAACCCCGUCAAGUACCACUAUUACGACAGCCUCAAGUAUGGCUACACCUCCCAGGCCAGCCCCCACACCAUGCCUUUGGAGUUCAAGGCCCUCAAGAGCCUGCAUGAGCAGGGGGCUUUGAAACUGACUGUUGGCCAGUGUGACGGGGCCACGUAAGCUGGGCACCUCGUGGGACUCAGUGGCUCACAUUUCCUGCCAGCUACACCACAGGCAGAUGGGAGUCGGGGUGGUACAAAUUAUACAACAAGCAGGCUAGUGGUUUUCUUUGUUCAAGUGUAAAACAGUGACCAGAAUAUAUAUAUCUAUACCUGCAUAUAUAUAUUGACCUGAGUAUUUAUAACUGUGUGGUGUUCAUCUAGCAUUAGGCAGAUAAGCCACAGGAAGAAGGUGUGGAGAACCCACCCAAACCAGAUGGAGACUCAGUCCAUCUUUAAGGGCAGAAGGACUUGACAUGAAAAAGAAGCCAGUCCCAUGACUUUGGAUGACAAAAUGCUUCCUGGAUUGGAGAGAUCUUUGGGCUCAUGGAUGGAUGGAGAGCCACCUGUUGGCAGCUGCCCCAAGCCUCUGAGAUAUGUGGAUCCUGGGUGAGCCAAGACCCAGAAGGGACAUCUUGACCCAAGUCUAAAAUGGUGCUGUUCACAGAGGAGAAGGAGAUUGAGGGGUCCAGCCUGGCAGAGGAGUAUAGGGACACUGGGAAGCAGAAGCCGCUUCAGAGCCGUGGGCCUUGUUCCACAAACUUGGAGUUUAGCUCUCCCAGGGAUGAUCCCCGGUGGACCCACCUGUCCCAGCCAGGCUUCCACAGCUGUGGAGGGAAGGCUAGAGAAGAAACUAUGGUCAGUGCACAUAGGUUCUGGCUUUGCAAGAACCACCAAGGACCUGGACAGAGCAGGCAGAUGACACUAAAGAGCCUUACGUUUUUCAAAAUUUGAGACCUCCUGCUCAGGGGGCAUUCCGCCCCACAGUAAGGCAGAAGCGUGUCCAGAAUGUGGUGGUUUGGUGGGUGUUCUUUAAGGCAAGUAGAGUCCACCAAGGAGCAAGGGGCCCUGGGAUUCCACCCUCUGGGUUAGCCCCCUUCCUGCUCUGUUAGAAUGUCACUGGAGGGACCGGACUGUCCCCUUCUGCCACCGGGGAAGCCAUGGCAAAAGCCUGAAAGGGCACCAUCAAGAUAAAUGUCACCCUUUUUAAAAUAUACAUGAUUGCCUUUCUGGGUGCCUCACAGAGCCCCAGAGCGUGAGACCUGAAAAAAUGUUAAGCACCCAGCUUCAUUUCUCUGUAACUGCUCUGUUUGCUUUCUGCAUCCUGCACUCGGGGGGCCUGUGCAGCCAGACUGCCUGUGUCAAUGUCACUUCCUUAUCAUCUUCCUAUCCUGAUGGUCACAUUAGCCGGCGCUGAGCUCCAACACUGAGGCUUUCAAGUCUGCAGGGAGCGGUUCCAAUCCCACCUCGACCCCCACCGGCCCACCCUCCCCCACGGAGGCAAUGAUUUUAGAAUUUCACGAAGAUCCUUCUUGCCCCCUAUUAAGAUUAAUAGUUAAGACUUUUUUUUUUUUUUUUUUUAACCCAAAGCCAAACGCAGUAUCCAAAUAGCGGACACAAUCUCCCUGGGGAAAUCUGGGCUCCAUGCCAAUCACUUAGGGGCUAGAAUCAGAGGUCACAUACAGACAAGCAUCAGCCGGCCUGAUUAGUUAGAUGUAUUCCCUCACCUGAUAAAUAACAGUGUUUUCAAACAUGUUUGCAAGAUAAGUAAAAAACCAUUAUCUUGAAGGUGAAGGGAGUUAAGAAAAGCAACCCAGAUCUGCUCCCAAGCGCAUGCGACCGGACAUAAUUAAUCAGCGGCAAUUCAGAACAGGACGUUGGCUCUAAAUUCAUGACUGAGGGGAAGAAGAGGCUGUGGGAGGGUACGCAGAACCAUCAACCCCCGCACGUGGAUACCCCAGCUCCAAACCGCGACUACGAUUGCCACCCUGCAUCUCUGUGUUUCUUCCCUUGUUGUUCUUGCCGUUGAUGCUCGAAGUCUGAGAUUUGGGAUUUGCGUUAUAAAAUGAGUAUUUUAAAAAGCAACAGCCCUAACAGCCUCUGUGGGAACUGAGUGGUUGGACUCCCUCACAAGAAAUGGAAGUAAUUAGUAUCAUAUUUUACACUUCUCCAGGGCCUUUCAUCUUGAGGAUCUCAAAGGCCCUGGAAGACAUUUAACGUCUGAAGCUGGCAAUGCCCUGGGGAACAGGUAGAAUUGCCUGGGUCUCAGUGGAUUAACUAAGGCUUUGGACUCCAGAACGUUCCAGUGGUGAGUCCUAGGGAAGCUGGGAUGCCAGGUCCUGGGGUUGGCCCCACGCUCUGUGUACCGGCCAGAGCUCCGUGGAAGAGAUGAUUUUCCUUCUGUCCCAUAUUGAGCAUUGUCCCCCAUUGUCCCAUAUUGUCCCAUUGUCGUGGCUCCUUUAAACUGACAGUGGCGGCUGUUGAAGUAGAAGGAGCCCUGAGAACCUGUCCUCAGCUUCUCCCCAGAGAAGGGCUGGGGAGCCAGGACCAUCCACACCCUUCUGUUCCCCAGCUCACAGGUCCUGCGCCACCAGAAUGCUCUGGCCACUGAUGGCAGAAGCUCCAGGGGUCUGGGCUCCCCCACCGGCUCCUGCUCCUCCAGCUGGGUGCACAGUCAGGAGGCAGCCUGCCCCCUCUCCCCAUUCAGAGAAGUUCAGUUUGACUGAGGCGACACCGUAGCCUCUGGCACAGGCCAGCUAGCCUGGGUGGCCCCGAGUCCCAGCCUGCAUCCUGUCCCUACCACCUGGUCCACCACCUUGUGACGACAGUGGGCAUGGCCAUCCUCGGAGCAGGAGACCCUUCCAGUCACCUCCUGUUGACCGUUAGUCCCCAGUACUCUGCCAUCACCCACCCUGGAGCCCCCGAGACCCCCAUGCCCCUCAAGUCCCCAGAUGACCACCGCCCUCCAGCAGCCACCUCCUUGGCUGAUGGAGCCAUCUAAAACAGCAUCUCUCCUCCAGAUCUCCUGCUCUCUUUCCUCCCUGCUCCCCUCCUUCCUCCCAUUUCUGGGAGGAAGUGACAUCUGUCCUCUGACCAGUGACAUUUUCCCCAGCCACUCCUCUGCCACCUCUGUCCUCACUUCCAGUAGCACACACCACCCAUCCCGGCUUCUGCGGCCUCUUCCCUCCCUUCCCAUCACUACCAGCCUUGGGAAGCGGUCUCUGGUGCUUGUGCUGAGGUCCCCCCAACCUGGCCUCCAUGCUCCAGGGACCUGCAACUCAGCACCCUCCACGUGGCCACAUCAAAAGACCCCUUGUCAUCCCCAAGCUCCCCACAUGGCUUGGUUCCAGAGUGACCCUUCCUGGAGACCCCUGUCCCCUUGGUGCCCAGGAUGCCAUGCUCUCCUCCCUUCCCAAUGCCUCAUCAUGUAUUUAUGUAUUUAUUUAUUUAUGUAUUUAUGAUUUAUUUAUUGCCACCCUUACCUGGAUCCAAAAAGGACCCGAGGAGGGUCAGACCAUAUUUCCUUCUCUCCACCUUGCCCCACCACAUGGACACUCUGUACAUGGGCGCCUUCCGUGGCAUCCCCACACUACCCCUUGGUGGCGCCAUAGACCUCAUGCACCCAAAGGCAAGUUUAUCACGUCUGCCCCCCCUUCUGCCACAAUCCUCUCUCUUCAUGAGAAAAGCCCCACGACCUUCUCAACCACCCAAGUCUGAGACCCAAAAGUCAUCUUCGACUCUUCUCCAGGGGUCCCCUUGUCACCCCUCCCCACCAGCUCUGUCCUUGCCUCCCCGUGGCUCACACAAUUGCAGCAGCAUGCUCCCUUGCCCUCACUCUGGGCACGUUGGCACACCCCCGGCAUCCUGCACCUGCAUGGCAAUUUUUAUCUCCAGCCAUUCACAAAACUUUAAACAUUCCCCUGACCCACAAAAUAAAGUACAAGUCUUCACCCUGACACUAUAGACCACCCAGUAACACCCCAUUCCUUCUUUACACCUUGCACUGGUCCAUCUAGAAUUGUUGCUACUUCUGGAAGGGGUGCCCGGGUUUCCUGUCUCUGUGCCUUUGGUCUUGCUGUUCUUCUUCUGUUCCCUUCAAGGCCCAUUCAGAAACUACAUCUUCCAUGAAGCCCUCCCUGAUCUACCAACCACUGGGAUCUCUCCCUCCGCUGGACCACCAUAGCACUUUAUUUGUACCUUUCUCAUGGCACUUACCAUACUCUGCCUUGUAUUAUAGUUAUUGUGCACUUGUCCUAUGACCGUUCUUAGAUUGUAAGCUCGCCAAGGGCAGGGACUGUGUUUUACUCAUCUGUGUCCAUCACAGCACCAGGAGAGGUGCAUAGCACACAGCAGUUGCUCAAUAAAUGUUUGUUGGAUUAAAUCCUGAAUGCCUGUGGA